AUGGCCAACACAGGAGACAGCAAGCCCAUGCGAGCCAACUGUCUGGCAGCACCACACCCCACACAACACAGAACCUCAGAAAACAAAUAUAUAUAUAUAUAUAUAUAUGCGCCAGGAGCGCGGAAAAAUCUUCAGUCAAAGAGAACACUUGAUAAUCAUCUAAGAAUCCACACAGGAGAAAAACCCUACAAAUGCCUUGAGUGUGGAAAGAGCUUUACUGAGGGUGCAAACCUCCGUGGACAUCAAAUAAUUCACACAGGAGAAAAAUCACAUAAAUGUCUGCAGUGUGGAAAGAGCUUCAGUCAGAGAGGAAACCUUGACGGACAUCAAAGAAUCCACAUAGGAGAAAAACCCUACAAAUGCCUUAAGUGUGGAAAGAGCUUUACUGAGGGUGCAAACCUCCAUGAACAUCAAAUGAUUUACAUAGGAGAAAAACCACAUAAAUGCCUUGAAUGUGGAAAAUGUUUCAAUACUAGAGAAACUCUGUAUAGACAUCAAAUGAUUCACAUAGGACAAAAACCACAUAAAUGUCUGCAGUGUGGAAAGAGCUUCAGUCGGAGAGGGCACCUUGACAGACAUCAAAGAAUCAACUCAGGAGAAAAACCACAUAAAUGCCUGGAAUGUGGAAAGAGCUUCAGUCUGAAGGGAAACCUUCUGUUCUGUCUCCCCUUCCCUUUCCCCCCAAAAGCUCGGGAGUCAGGGCCACAACAUCUUCAUAGACAUCAAAGAAUCCACACGUGUUUAAAACCCUAUGAAUGUCUGGAUUGUGGAAGAGCUUUAAUGUGGGUGGACAACUCCGUCAACACCAAAUUCAGGAGUAAAACCGUUAACAUUCCUGGAGUGUAG